AUGUCUGUGCCGCCCACGUUCAAGCUGGUGCUGGUUGGCGACGGCGGCGUUGGCAAAACCACCUUUGUCAAGCGCCACCAGACCGGCGAGUUUGAGAAGAAGUAUGUCGCGACGCUCGGUGUGGAGGUGCACCCGCUCCGAUUCCACACGAACCGCGGCGAGCUGGUCUUCAACGUGUGGGACACGGCGGGGCAGGAGAAGUUUGGCGGGUUGCGCGACGGGUACUACAUCCAGGGCCAGUGCGCCAUCAUGAUGUUUGACGUCACCUCGCGCAUCACCUACAAGAAUGUUCCCAACUGGCACCGGGACCUG